AUGCGAAUCUCUUCAAUUAUGCCUUCACCCUUAGGCGCAAAAGUGAGUGUCAUUGCUGGACACCUGAGCAGUGAAUUUGCCGAGUCAAAUGGCCUCGUGACAAAUCUUCAACUAGGCGACCGAGCAUUCGACAUGAAUUAUGACGCUGACUCCACGACGUCGGUCAUAUCCUUCCAAACUGUGGAAAAUGAAGUGGGAGCGGUGACGCAGAUAUCACUGGCUGACCUUCGAGCCACAGUCGUCAAGUUGGCGUCGUUGCUUCGAGAAAGGCUGAUGCCUCUUUUGCACCAUCGAGGAGUGGACUUGGCUUCUGAGGAAGAUCAGAGCAAGACUUUUCUGGCAACCUACAUUACUACGGGAGUCAACCGUGUUUUUCUCCAGGUAACGCUCCCGCAUUUUUAA